AUGUACAUUUUAGGGCUUUUCAUCCUUUUAGCAUCCUUUCGAGGAGGUCUGGCUGAAACCACUCAACCAGACUACAAGCAUUUGAACUUAGCCAAAGCCAAUGUCUGGAUUGCUCAAUUAGAUCUCGAAGAAAAAAUCAUAUUGAUUACUGGCAAUGGCUCUGCCGGUGCCUGCACCGGAAAUCUCGGCCCUAUCCCGCGAAUGAACUUUACCGGCAUGUGUCUGGCCGACGGCACCUCAACCGUCACCCAGACCGAUCUCGUCAGCAUCUUCCCGGCCGGCCUGACGACCGGCGCCACGUGGGACAAGGACUUGAUGUACCGCAGAGCUGUCGCUAUGGGCGAGGAGUUCAGAGGGAAAGGAGUUAAUGUGGCACUGGCACCAGUCUGUGGGCCGCUCGGGCAGAAUGCCUUGGGCGGUCGUAACUGGGAAGGCUUUUCAUCAGACCCUUACCUCGCAGGAAUUGCUACUGGGCUCACAGUGAGCGGAAUCCAGAGCAUGGGUGUACAGACAUCCGUCAAGCACUACAUCGCCAACGAGCAGGAGACCCAGAGGAGCAAUAGCACAUCCGCGAAGGGUCAAUCCGUUGAUGCAAUCUCCUCUAAUCUGGAUAAUAGGACCCUGCAUGAGCUAUACCUCUGGCCCUUCGCUGACUCGGUCAAGGCCGGCGCUUCCUCUAUCAUGUGCUCAUACAACCGUAUCAACCAAGUGUACGGCUGCGAGAACUCGGCUCUACUGAAUGAUGUACUAAAAAAGGAACUUGGAUUCCUGGGCUUUGUCGUGGCUGACUGGUUUGCAACCCAUUCCACCGCGGAAUCAAUCAACGCCGGCUUGGAUAUGGAAAUGCCAGGCUGGAUCGACUCGUCGUUCAGGAGACCUGACAUUUCUGUAUUCUUUGGUGAGAAGAUUAUAGCGGCGGUGAGGAACGGGUCGGUAACUGAAGGGCGAGUGGACGAGAUGGUUCGAAGGGUCAUGACGCCCUAUUUCUACAUGGGACAGGAUGCUCCUGACUACCCCAGUCCUGAUCCCGUGGGAUUGCCGAUACUCUUAUCCCAGAAUUUUGGUAUUGCAGAAGGCCUUCGACUAGGUCUCCUCCCGGCAGGCGACCUACCAACAGGGCGCGACGUACGGGGCGAUCAUGCAAGUCUCAUCCGAGAAGUCGGGGCCGCUGGCACCGUGUUGCUGAAAAACGUCAAUAGCACGCUUCCUCUCAGUUCUCCACGCUGGAUUGGCGUAUUCGGCAACGACGCUACUGACUUCAGCGACGGUCUUACUGGCAGGGCGAUUGGGGCGCUGUCUAGCGGUCAAGGCACACUCUCCAUCGGUGGCGGCGGCGGCGCCGGACGCCACACAUAUAUUGUCCCUCCUCUCGAAGCAAUCAAGGCCAAGGCGCGCAGUACUGGCGCCAUCGUCCAGUAUAUCACCAACAAUACCCUCUUGGAGGCUGCCAAUGAGAUAAACAGCAUUUACCCCAUCCCGGAGGUGUGCAUAGUUUUCUUGAAGAGCUUUGCCAGCGAGGGUUCAGAUCGCACCUCGCUCGAAGCCGAUGGUAAUUCAACAGCAAUCGUCGAGAACGUUGCCGCGCUCUGCCCCAACACUGUUGUAGUUACACACUCUGUCGGCACUCUCGUCACGCCAUGGGCGAAGGAUCCUAAUGUCAAGGCCAUUUUAGCAGCGAAUCUACCGGGACAAGAGUCAGGCAACUCAAUUGUCGAUAUCCUAUGGGGAGACGUCAACCCGUCAGGAAAGCUGCCGUACACUAUUCCGGUCAACGAGACAGAUUAUCCACCACCUAUUACCAACAUUACUAGGCCUGUGUCAAACAGCAGUGCCUGGCAGGCCGACUUUACCGAGGGCCAGCUCAUCGAUUACCGUCACUUCGAUGCGAAAAAUAUCACGCCGCUCUACGAGUUCGGCUUUGGACUAAGUUACACGACUUUCGACAUCCCGUCGCCUUCGCCCUUGGUCAUUACGCGUUUAGCACCCAACAUUUCUGUACGACCCGAUGCAGCACGCCCGACUGAGCCUCGAGGCAACCCCGAUCUGUGGUUGGACCUUGUCAGUAUCGAAACCAAGGUGUCGAAUACAGGCUCCGUAGCUGGGCACUCUGUUCCCCAGUUGUACCUUUCAUUGCCGUCUACUACCCCCGGUGGGACACCAGUUCGGAUACUGCGCGGUUUUGAGCGCAUUUAUCUCCAGCCAGGCGAAGCUAAAAGCGUGAAGUUCAUGCUGCAGCGACGGGACCUGAGUUUCUGGGAUACCGAGGUGAACAUAUGGGUGAUCCCUAGUGGCCUUUUUUCGUUCCAAGUCGGUUUCAGCUCCCGUGAUCUUCGAAGCAAAGGUUCAUUGGCGGUUUUGAGCUAAGAUAUCGUUAUCUUGUAUGAUACAUAUCAAUGGAUUCCGUUAGAGAAAUCCCGUGGAAGAAAUAAGGUGACUGCAUUUGGGCUUCAUGGACCAUCAAUGGAAUCCAGGACAAGAACUCAUUUGACUUUCUUUUAACAUGGUGCAAUGCUGUCGUUAUUUGGACUUUAUGCAAAGAAGGAAGGUUGUUCCGGGUAGCAUUGUUGCUGCUGAGUGAAGUAGAAAGUUAGUACCGUACCUAGAGGCGAUUUUCUUACACUCGCUCCUAGCAGAAAAAGGGUUUACGCAGACAUAUCAAACGCAAUGCUUGAAUUCGUUGAAGAAUUACAAAUGUUCCAGAGAAAGGAGUCAGAUGUGUUCAGAGCAGGAAUGAGGCACACAGAGAUCGUUGCAUGGCAUAAAUAAGAUGAAUAGUCGUACACACAACGAUGGAACAUAUG